GCGGUGCCGACUCGCGCUCCGUCUGGCGGGAGGCGGCGCCCGCUUCCCUGUGCGGCUCGAGGCCCGAGCCCGGUGUUCGCCGCCCCCUCGCUUCGCGCCAGUGCGCGCGCUGCCUGCCCCUGCCCGGGGGAAGGCUGCUUCUCGUGGGUUCUCGCUCCGCCCGGGGUGCGAGCGGGCGCGCGGCUGAGGGAGGGAGCGCGCGCGGGCGGCGACAGCCCCUCCCCUCCCCCUCCCGCCGCCGCGGAGAGCGCAGGGAGCAGCCCGGGGCUCGGCGGCGGCAGCGGCGUCUGGCCCCAGCUCCUCCUCCUCCUCCUCCAUCUCCUCGCUCCCUCCAUCUGCCGUGGUUAUGGCCCGUCGCUGGAGCACAAAAGAGUCUCCGCGGUGGAGGUCUGCGUUGGUCUUGCUGUUCCUCGCUGGGGUGUACGGAAAUGGUGCUCUUGCAGAACAUUCUGAAAAUGUGCAUAUUUCAGGAGUGUCAACUGCUUGUGGAGAGACUCCAGAACAAAUUCGAGCACCAAGUGGUAUAAUCACAAGUCCGGGCUGGCCUUCUGAGUAUCCUGCCAAAAUCAACUGUAGCUGGCUCAUAAGGGCAAACCCAGGGGAAAUCAUUACCAUAAGUUUUCAGGAUUUUGAUAUUCAGGGGUCCAGAAGAUGCAGUUUGGACUGGUUGACAAUAGAAACAUACAAAAAUAUUGAAAGUUACAGAGCUUGUGGUUCCACAAUUCCACCUCCAUAUAUUUCUUCACAGGACCACGUCUGGAUCAGGUUCCAUUCAGAUGACAGUAUCUCUAGAAAAGGUUUCAGACUGGCAUAUUUUUCAGGAAAAUCUGAGGAGCCAAACUGUGCUUGUGAUCAGUUUCGUUGUGGUAAUGGAAAGUGUAUACCAGAAGCCUGGAAAUGUAAUAACAUGGAUGAAUGUGGAGAUGGUUCUGAUGAAGAGAUCUGUACCAAAGAAGCUAAUCCCCCAACAGCUGCUUCCUUUCAACCCUGUGCUUACAACCAGUUCCAGUGUCUUUCCCGUUUUACCAAAGUUUAUACUUGCCUCCCUGAGUCUUUAAAAUGUGAUGGGAACAUUGACUGCCUUGACCUGGGAGAUGAGAUCGACUGUGAGGUGCCAACCUGUGGGCAGUGGUUAAAAUAUUUUUAUGGCACUUUUAAUUCUCCCAAUUAUCCAGACUUUUAUCCUCCUGGAAGCAAUUGCACCUGGUUAAUAGACACUGGUGAUCAUCGUAAAGUCAUUUUACGCUUUACUGACUUUAAACUUGAUGGUACUGGUUAUGGUGAUUAUGUCAAAAUAUAUGAUGGAUUAGAGGAGAAUCCACACAAACUUUUACGUGUGUUAACUGCUUUUGAUUCUCAUGCACCUCUGACAGUUGUUUCUUCUUCUGGACAGAUAAGGGUACAUUUUUGUGCUGAUAAAGUAAAUGCUGCCAGGGGAUUUAAUGCUACUUAUCAAGUAGAUGGCUUCUGUUUGCCAUGGGAAAUACCCUGUGGAGGUAACUGGGGGUGUUACACUGAGCAGCAGCGAUGUGAUGGGUAUUGGCAUUGCCCAAAUGGAAGGGAUGAAAUCAAUUGUACCAUGUGCCAGAAGGAAGAAUUUCCAUGUUCCCGAAAUGGUGUCUGUUAUCCUCGUUCUGAUCGCUGCAACUACCAAAACCAUUGCCCAAAUGGUUCAGAUGAAAAAAACUGCUUUUUUUGCCAACCAGGAAAUUUUCAUUGUAAAAACAAUCGCUGUGUGUUUGAAAGCUGGGUAUGUGAUUCUCAAGAUGACUGUGGUGAUGGCAGCGAUGAGGAGAACUGCCCUGUAAUUGUGCCUACCAGAGUCAUAACUGCAGCCGUCAUAGGGAGCCUUAUCUGUGGCCUGUUACUCGUCAUCGCGUUGGGAUGUACUUGUAAACUGUAUUCUCUGAGAAUGUUUGAACGAAGAUCAUUCGAAACCCAGUUGUCAAGAGUGGAAGCAGAAUUGUUAAGAAGAGAAGCUCCUCCCUCUUAUGGACAGUUGAUUGCUCAGGGGCUAAUUCCACCAGUGGAAGAUUUUCCUGUUUGUUCACCUAAUCAGGCUUCUGUUUUGGAAAACCUGAGGCUCGCUGUAAGAUCUCAACUUGGAUUUACUUCAAUCAGGCUUCCUAUGGCAGGCAGAUCCAGCAACAUUUGGAAUCGUAUUUUUAAUUUUGCAAGAUCACGUCAUUCAGGGUCUUUGGCUUUGGUUUCAGCGGAUGGAGAUGAGGUUGUCCCUAGUCAGAGUAACAGUAGAGAACCUGAAAGAAACCAUACUCACAGAAGUUUGUUUUCCGUGGAGUCUGAUGACACAGACACAGAAAAUGAGAGAAGAGAUACAGCAGGAGCAUCUGGUGGGGUUGCAGCGCCUUUGCCCCAAAAAGUUCCUCCCACAACAGCAGUAGAAGCAACAGUGGGAGCAGGUGGAAGUUCUUCAACUCAGAACACCCGAGCUGGUCAUACAGAUAAUGGAAGGGAUGUGACAAGUGUCGAACCCCCAAGUGUAAGUCCAGCACGUCACCAGCUUACAAGUGCAUUAAGUCGUAUGACUCAGGGGUUACGUUGGGUACGUUUUACAUUAGGGCGAUCAAGUUUCGUAAAUCAGAACCAAAGUCCUUUGAGACAACUUGAUAAUGGGGUAAGUGGAAGAGAAGAAGAUGAUGAUGUGGAAAUGCUAAUUCCAAUUUCUGAUGGAACUUCAGACAUUGAUGUCAAUGACUGCUCCAGACCUCUUCUUGAUCUUUCCUCAGAUCAAGGACAAGGGCUUAGACAACCAUACAGUGCAACAAACCCUGGAGUGAGGCCAAGUAAUCGAGAUGGCCCCUGUGAGCGCUGUGGUAUUGUCCACACUGCCCAGAUACCAGACACUUGCUUAGAAGCAACACUAAAGAAUGAAACGAGCGAUGAUGAGGCUUUGUUACUGUGUUAGGUACAGAUCACAUAAGGGAGAUUGUAUACAAGUUGGAGCAAUACCCAUUCAUUGUUUUGUAACUUUAAACUAGUUUUAGUUUAAAAAGAAAAAAAAAAAAAAAGAUGCAGGGUGAUUUCUUAUUAUUAUAUGUUAGCCUGCAUGGUUAAAUUAAACAACUUGUAACUCUAUGAACUUAGAGUUUACUAAUUUAGCAGCUAAAUUUGCAUUAUGUAUUCAUAUUGUUCAGUAAUGUUCUUCCAUUUGUUUCUAAUUGUUUUAUUCUGGUACUGUAGUUCAUAGUAGAAAUAUGACUGCUUAAACUCAUUUGUCAUUUUAUCUAUCCUGCGUUAAAAGGUUUGGUUGUACAAAAUAUACCUUCUUUUAAUUGAACCUUUUAUGCUGUUGCCAACACAUCUCAUAACUUAAUAUACUAGAUGUUAAGGUUGUAUGUACAAAAAGAAAACAAACCCUUACACUCACUAUUUUGUUUGUAUAACAUUUGUCUAUUAUUGGAGUUCAUCGUAAUAUAAAUUUGUCAAAGGGAAAAAAAUUUUCUCAAAAAUUAUCUCUUACGUUUAACAUACAGUGAUGUGAAAUUUGGUAGAAUUAGGUAAAUUAAUCACAAAACAAAACUCUUUUAUAGGUUUUCUAAUGUUGACUUUAAUACUCUAAUAUGGUACAAACCAAAUAUAAAAUUCCAAGUCAUUUCUGUUUUCAUAUCUAUUUAGGAACAGAAUUAAGCGGAUGAAGAUAUUCUACUAUGCAUUAAAUCUUGAACUUUAUAAAAUAUGUACAAAAAUUGUACAUGAUAAGUUCCAACUGGUAAUGUCUUUCCCUAAUAUAGGGUUAUGCUCGUGUUGGACCCUAGGGAUUUGCACUAAAAUCGUUUCAAGGUCUCAGAUGAGUUCAGUGCACAAGCACUAUCACUUUAAAUACUAUUAUUUGCUACCACAGUGACAAUAUAUUUCCAUAGCUUUUGGGGGUUGAGGGAACAUUUUUAUUACAACUUGAUAUUGCUUUGCCGGUUUCAUAUUUAUUUGUUGUAUUUAAAAACUGCAUUAUUGUAAGAGUGAUUUUUUUCAAUAUAUUUUAUUCACUGGGGGGUUAUGCUGUAAUCUUGAAGAAAAGCAAAUUAAGAAAUCAUUCAGAUUGCCCCCCUGUUUAAAGUAGAGUGAAUUGCAAAACUCCAUUUAUUUUUUUUAUUGUCAGUUCCUGUUUAUUUAUUCUUUAGCUGUCUGUUUUAGUAGCUUAAUGAUUGAGUAUGAAAAAUGUAUUUGUGUGUGAUUAUUGCUAUUUAUUAAAUUUUAAAUACUUUGCUGAAUGUCAUUUUAAAGCAUGUUUGAGGUCUUGUGUAUUUGUCGUGUUAUGCUGUCAGGAAGAACUGACUAAAAUGUUUUAAUAUGUAUCAGAAAUUAAAAUGAUUUUUUUUAUUGCCUUGAGGUACUUUUUAAAUCAAAUUUGCUGUUUAUUUUUGUUGAAUUUUGGUGCAUAUAUAGAUUCAGGUCAUAAAAUAUGCAAUACAUCUAGAAAAAAAUGAAAAAAUGAAAGGAAGUAUAUUCUACUUCACUGCUUUGUAGUAAAGUAGUACCUUACACCCAUACUGAAGGGUAGAAUUCCCUAAGGACCUGAAUAUCAUUGCCUUUAAGAAAACUGCCUCCUAAUUGUUUUACUUGUCUAAUAACACAAUCCAUUCUCUCUUCAUAUUAUUUUUUACAAUGUAUUUCAGAUUCCUAUAGAAUAUAUUCUAAUGGCAGAAUUUGGUUAGCAAAGUAAUCUGCUUUUAGAUUCUACCAACUGUCAUCUGUUAGGGUUUUGAUUUUAUUUUCUGACAUAUGUUUUAUUUUUUUUUAAUUGACUAAUACAUCUUCCUGAUUCAGAGAAUAACUACUGCUAGCACCUAUCUUUUAGUUCCCUUUCACAGAGACACAUAGCAAUACCAGAGUCUUAUAUAUUCCUCCAGAAAAAUGUAGUAUACCUACAGUGUAUAAAUGUAUUUAUAUGCAUAUGAAUGCCAUAUAUCAGUGCAAAUUUAUAAUGUACAUUUUUCUGCAACUUUUCUCAAGAGAUUUUUAUUUUUUUAAUUUAUUUUUUAUUGUUGUUGCUUGCAGUGCUGGGGAUUGAACCCAGGACCCCAUAUAUGCUGGCAAGUCCUCUACCACUGAGCCACAUUCACAUCUCUUAUUUUUAAAUCAGUGAUCUCUCCUGAAUUUAGGGCACUAUUUUGUUUUGUUUUGUUUUUUUCCAGGUGACUAGUUUUUCCAAACUACUUAUUAAAUAAUAAAUCUUUUCUUUACUAAUUUAAAGUGGAAAUUUAGUAAAUUUUCACAUUAUUUGUUAAUGUUCAUAGUUCUGUUCUCUCCAGUUGAUCUGCCUGUUUCUUUUUGUACCAAUAAUACAUUGUUUUAAUAACCAUCAUUUUAAAAUGUUUCAUAUAUUCUUACUUACUUUUACAUAUAGACUUUAGAAUCAAUUUCCUGAAUUCCAAAAAAAAAAAAAAAUUAUUUUGGAAGGGAGGGACCAAUUUUAAUUUUACAAGUUAACCUAGAGACUUUGACAACAUUUAUCAUGUUAAAACUUUUUAUAUAAAUCAUGGUGCCCUCCUUAUAAAUGGUACCUAUUUAUUUAAUGCUUUUUUUGUUAUUUCUUUCAGAUGUAUUUUACUUUACAAAGAUCCUGUGUGUUUUUAAGAAUAUUCUUACAGAUUUCAUCAUUUUAUUACCAUUAUUAAUGUAAUCCUUUCCAUUUAUAAUUUAGCCUAGUUUUGGUAUACAUAAAGGCUAAAUAAAGUCUUUUUAUGUUAAUUUUCUACUUAUCCACCAGACAUCAUUUUUUUAAUCUGAAAUAGUAUUUCAGCUACACAGUCCUGUCAUCUGCAAACAUUGAUAAGUAACCUUUGUUCCAGUUUGCAUACUUUGUGUCUAGUUUGAAUUGUCUCAUACUUCUGAUCUUAAAUAACAAUGGCUAUAAAUGAAACAGGUUGGAAUACAUACAUUCAGUCAUAUUAAGGACUAUCCAUUGAUCCCAGUUUUAAACAGGUUUUAAGAAUGCUUGUUGAAUUUUAUCAUGUCUUUUCAUCAUCUGGGAUACUCAUCACCCUCCUCCUCCAAUCCUAAUAUGAUGAAUUUUGAUGAUAUAUUUUGUAAUAUUAAACCAUCCUCAUCCUUGCAUCCCUGAGAUAAACUCUACUUGGCCAUGUGUAUUUUUUAAUUUGUGGCUAGCUUAUGUUUCCUAUUUUAUUUAUUUGUAUUCAUCAGUGAAAUUAACGUUUCCUAUUUUAUUUGCAGUAUUGUUGUGAGAUAAGUCUAUAGAUGUAUAUAUGUAUGUGCACAUGUUGUCUUUGAGAAAAUUUGUAUUAAUGUCAUGCUAGUGCAUAAAAUUUUCCUGCUUUGCUAUUCUUCAAAACAUUUUAAAAACUUUGGCAUUUUGGGGACCUUAAAAUUUCAGUGAAAUUAUCUGGUUUUGGUAGAUAGUUGGCAAAUAGCUCUUCAACAAAACUUUUUUUUCCUGUAGUAAUUGGUCUGUGUAGUUUUUGUAUCUUAUGUAUCAGGAACCACCCCUUUCAUAUUUUCAUAUUUAUUUGUUAUUGUUGAGCAAAGUUAUCCCUUUGUGUAUAUGACUCUUUUCUCCUCAUAUAUUUUGAUUUCUCCCUCAUUUCUUAAGAUAACUAAAUUAGCCAGGUGUGGUGACACAUGCCCAUAGUUCCAGGUACUCAGGAGACAGGUGAGUUGGCUUGAGCCCCGCCUGGGCAACACAACAAGACCCUGUCUCAAAAUAAAGAAACAGCUAACAAGGGACCUAUUUGUGUAUAUGUGUGUGCAUGGUGUUUUGUUUCCCUUCAAGGGCCAUUCCUUGUAUAUCACUAUUGUGUAAUUUUUUUAUUUAUUUUUUUUGCUUUUUAAUUAGUUGAUUUCCACUUCAAUAAAUUUCCUACUUUUUCGUUUCUGUUA